GCUGUGCUAACAGCAUCAGUUCCGAGGAUCCGGAGCCAGGAACAUGGGUUGUAUUUGGUACUUCUUGUUAUCCUUCACAAUUCUUCUGUUCACCCUACAUCUGAUUGGGGCCAGUGACAUGAAGGAUGACAACUUAGAUCGUGGUGCUCACAGUGACAGAGGCGGUGUCUGGUUCGGUCCGCGCCUAGGAAAGAGGUCAUUGCAGCUCCUAGACGACAGUAAUAGCCAAACAUUCGUAAGGUUGCUCGAAGCGGCCGAAGCUUUGAAGUACUAUUACGACCAAAUGUCAUAUCAGAUGCAAGCGGACGCGCCGCAGAAAGUUAUAAAAAAAGUGAUAUUUACCCCAAAACUGGGGAGAGCGUUGGAUCAGUACAGUGAAAGGAUGGCUGGAAACAUUGAUUUCACCCCACGGUUAGGGAGAAAGCUUCCAGAGAGGACCCCGACCACGUCGUCUGAUGAAGACAGUAUUCAAGACGCGAUCGCCGCGAACCGCCGGCCGAGCUACUUCUCGCCAAGACUCGGCAGAAAUUAUAAUUUCUCGCCCCGACUCGGAAGAGAACUAUACGAACUGUACCCGGAAGAGCGAGUUCGCGUCGCGCGAAGUGUUAAUGGCACUAACUCGAAGUAAACACUAUGCUUAACCACAUUAAUGUUCUGGACAAAGUCGUGUGACGGUGCUAGUCAAUAAAAUAUCACAUACGAUACGUUUAUCAUUUAAUAAUAUCCCUUAGGUAUGAGUGUGUUAAGAUACUCUUUAGUUCACAAUACAAUUUUUUUUAUAACCACCUGGUGUU